AUGUUAGCGCGGCUCAAUUCAAUCGUUGCGCUUUGGACUCUGUGGGGUAACGUUGCGCAGGUCGUGAGAGCCCAAGUAGCGCCGGAGAUUACCGUGGUCGAGGAUGGGUACAAUGUCGUGGCCAUGAUCCCGUGUGUGGGAUGCCCCCUAGUAUAUCAAGAUACAUCCAAAGGGAAGAAUAAGGGAUGGUCCACACGGCAGGAUCAAAAUAGUCUGUUACUCAACGUCAGCAUUCCAUACGACUCGGCACACAUCUCCAUAAACGAUGCCCCUCUCUACUCAGGACGCCAAAAUCUCCCUCUAAUCCACAGCUCUCAAGUCGUCUCAGACCUCUCCUCAACCACCCUCUCGGAAAUCAUCACCACCCACCAACUCUCUUCUUCAAUCCCCCUCACCACCACAAGCAGCAUCGCCUUCGGAAUCUCAUACCGCAUGUCCCUCCAAGAUCUCGCCCUCUCACCCGCCAAACCCAAGAAAUCAAAAUCGAAUUAUGACCCCCCACUCCCUCUCUCAGCAAAACUCCUCCACUUCGACAUCUUCGAAAUCCACUCCUCCCUCACCGUGCCCCCAACAGCGUACCCCUUGGACCGCAAAGAGCAGAAAAUCCUGCAACUCAUCCUGCUCCAAAACCCACUUUACUCUGCUCUUUCCCCGUCCCCGACGUACACCCUGCACGACGCGAAAUUGAUUCCUCGACCCCACGCCAUCAAACCGCCCGCGAACCAGAAAACAAUGCAUUAUCUCUCCUGGGACGCGUUCGGUCGCAAAGGCACGCCCACGCACUUCCUCUCUAGAAUCGCAGUGGGCUUCGCAGAGUGGAUCGCCUCAGGCAUCGUCGCGGUCCUCAUCUUCGUCGUUGGAAUCGUCGUCGUCUUUGUAGGCGGUGUCCUGCUCUGCUCAUUCGGGAGAAGCUUUUGGCGAGGCGAGUACGAGAGUGCGCAGGUUGGGAAGAGGAGGCGCGGCGCUACGCUCGGUGCUGGCGCUGCUGCUGCUGCUGCUGGGAACGGCGGUGCGAAUGCCGGGUGGAGACCGCGAUCUGGGACUGGACGUUCGGAUUUGGAGAGAGGGAGACGCGGGACGGUUGGGGCUACGGCUGCGGCUGCUGCGGGGAGGUUUUUGAGCGCCGAUGAGUUGGGGAUUGGCGGGAGGGGGAGGGUCGUUGGGGUUGGGAAGAAUGAUUGA